GAGACCCGCUGCCCCGGGCAGCCGCGCGGGGGGAGCGCGGCGUCCUCGCCGGGAGCGGAGCUGCAGGCCUUCCGCGGCCUGGUCGGGGUGCGGCCCGCCGGCCUCGGCGGCGAGCCGCCCGUGCCCCGCGCGGCCUCCGCGCGCCCGCGCCCCGUGCCCGAGCACGGCGCCCCGCAGCCGGGAGAGGCCACGGGCGCGGAAGCAGCGCCGCCGCCCAGCGAUCAGUGGCAGCUGACCCACGCGGGCCACAGGCCGACGCCGUUCCGCACGCAGUUCCUCACGCUGGCGUACCUGCUCCUGCAGUGGAACGUGCCGCUGCCGGGGGGGUCCUGCUGCUGGCUGCACGCUGCUCUGCAGGCCCUGGACAGGGCGCGGGAGGAGCUCCGCCGCCAGCCGUGCAACGCGCAGCACGACGCCUUCUUGAGCGCCCAGUGUGAGAGUUGUGGGUUGAUGAUGCAGGGCGAGAUGCGCUGCGAUUUUUGCAACUCUGGUGACGAUGUGGCAUCCUCGAGCGGCAUCGUAGACGGGCGACCAGUCGGCUGA